AUGUCGCUACCUGGUUCCUCACAGGACCAGGCAUGGAGCCUGCAACUUUCCGCUCCCACAGCCCCUUCUUCCUCAUCUUUGGGGUCUCAGGAAUCAGAGAGUGCUGGCAGCCCAGUGGUCUCCACCGGGCUUCCUUUAGAGAAAGUGAAGCGGCCGAUGAACGCAUUUAUGGUGUGGAGUUCCGCUCAGCGUCGCCAGAUGGCGCAGCAGAACCCAAAGAUGCACAACUCUGAGAUCUCCAAGCGCCUAGGCGCCCAGUGGAAGCUGCUAGGUGAGGACGAGAAGCGGCCCUUCGUGGAAGAAGCAAAGCGGCUUCGGGCUCGGCACCUUCGUGACUACCCAGACUACAAGUACCGGCCCCGGCGCAAGACCAAGAGCCCGGGCACCGGGCCACCAUACUUCAACCAAGGAGGUGGCAGCAUGGCUGGUGGUGGGCCGGUCUGGGGACCCGGCUAUGCAACCACCCAAGGGACCAGAGGCUUCGGAUACCAGCCCCCCAAUUAUUCAACAGCCUAUCUGCCUGGAAGCUCUUCUCACUGCAAACUGGAGGCCCCCUCGACAUGCUCCCUCUCCCAAAGCUCCCUCUCUCAAAGCGGCCCAAUGCUCCAAGGUGAGCUGCUCACCCCCUAUAACUCCUAUAGACCCCCAGGCUCUCCCAAUGCAUACAAUCCUCCCCUCUCUGGAGCCCCCAUGCCCCUAACCCACCUUUAA